AUGCACCGCACGAACUCGGAUACGGCUGUACGAACGUCCAUUACAAGCAAGACCAUUUCCUAUUCUUCGAGAAAGUUGCUGGAUCACUUUACCUGCUCCACCGACUGUGGGAGCAGCCCAAGCUCUCGCUCGGGCUCGCUCGACGUCGGCGUCGGAUCAGGUUAUUCAACGCCGACGCCGGCGUCAGCGCCAGCGGGCUCAACACAAUUUCAUCGCCGGGAUCAAAGCCCUGCAGCCGUUCGUCGAUCCCCUCGUCUGAGAGCACUCUCGGGCACAGAAGUAUCAUCAAGUCCGACUUCGAUUCCAGAUUCCCAAGAGGCUGUGCCGAACUCCGUGACUCAUGGCAAUGGCAGCGCGCCUUCGCUCGCAGACCUUUUGUUCCCUCCUUCCCCUCCGAAUGCGCAGGGGAUCGACGACAAGGGCGAGAAUGGUCUGGCGGAGCUCUUUUCGAAGGAAGGAACUAGUUAUCCAGCAAAUGGAGACUCGUCCAACAUAAAGGUCUCAAGCAACAAAGCACCACCCUCUGCACCAACGUCUCGGAGAUGCUCGAGUCCGAUCGGCGAAAAGUCGCGGGUCGAGACUGUGAGCAAGAACGAGCCUUUCACCAUCUACACGCUCGACGAUUCGUCCGAUGAAGAAGAUCACACCAAAGACGACCAUGCACCGUCGAUUAAUCAGGGCCUAGGUCGACUGAUCAUCAGGUAAGACGUAGCGCAGAAGACUCUACACACAGACGCGAGUACUGAUGUACUUUUUGCUCGCUUUUCGCAGAGAGACACCGAAAAAGGUGCCGAGACUACCUCUCUCUCAGACUCCUUCUCCUCGAGAAGUAAGAUCGGUCCGACGCCAAGGCGGGAGCACCAGUCCGGUCGAUGUCCAACGUUCGGAUGUCUCUUUGCCCAGCCACGGACGACUGCUCGCCGAGAGCAAGAAGCCCGGGAUCGAGGUCCUUGUCCUCUCCGAUUCAGAUAGUGAUAAAUCUACGUCAGAGGAAGCUGAGCGGUCUGUCGAGCUCGGUCUCGAAGUGGAAGAGCCGGAAUCGGAGUUUGAUCCCGAUGCCGGGGUGAUCAGCUUGUAAGUCGUCGCGUCGCCCUUCAGAGGCUCAGGUCUACUCUAGUUUACGUACCCGUUAUCCAUAUCAUUUCACCUAUCUUGCACUUGCAGCAUCCCAACACGAACGCCUUCGCGCCCCAAAAAGCUAUCGACGACCCUGAUCUCCACUCCCGCGCCAAAGUCGAAUGCGAAAGGCCAAAAAAGCAUUCGACAGGCCGAGGUGGACCUGACCACUACAAUGUGCUCUAGUGAUGAGGAAGGGGACGGAGACGAAGAUCUGCCGACUCGUUUCCGGAACAAGACGCCGCGCAGUCAAUACCUGACGCCAUCGACACCACGAUCGUUAAAGUCAGCAGACAAGACGGCCAAAUCGACCCCGCGCAGAGCUGCCACGAAUCUGCUGACGGCCGAGCAGCGCGACCGAUUGCCUUUCGAGUUGAUCGCCGAGUUGAACCAAUCGGUCUUUUCCCGGUACUACUCAAGUGCUACCUCGAUCCGACCGAGUUCCGGCGAGUCUGCAUUAUCGGCCUCGACCUCGAGCCGGGGUCUCCCAGCGGACGUUGACAUCAUCUGGAAUAAGAAACUACUCAAGACCGCCGGAAGAGCCUCUUGGAAACGAACGAAGACGUCGACGACGAAGGAUGGCGAUCGAGCUGAUCGGGCGUCUCAACCCGUUGAGCAGAUCAGCUCGAUCGAGUUGAGCGUCAAGGUCGUUGAUUCGGUCAUGAAGCUCAACAAUACGCUGGCGCAUGAGUUGUGUCAUCUUGCGGCUUGGGUGAUUAGUAAUGAGCUUAGUCCGCCACAUGGAAAGUGAGUGGGAUUCACGCCGUUUUCAGUGCCAGGUGUAAUCGUCUGACAAUACUUUUCUCGGCAUUGCAGAGCCUUCAAGUUGUGGGCCGCCCGAGUGAUGGCAGCCAGGCCCGAUAUCGAAGUCACCACGACGCAUUCGUACCAGAUCACGUACAAGUACCGCUGGAGAUGCCUAUCGCUGGAUUGUCAGAAGAUGUAGGUCCCUCUGCUGCAAGCUCCGACACUGAAGACCUUGCUGAAUGAUCACUGACGACUCCACGUACGGAGGAGAGCUUAGCUUCCAACGCCACUCUAGGUCAAUUGACACGAUGACCCAUGGGUGUCCAUGUGGAAGUCGACUGGUGGAAAUUGACGCCGACGGGCAUGAGAAAGGUGCUCUAGGCGGCAUGAGGAGAACACCCGCGAAGAAGACGGCUUGGCAGAAUUACCUUGCAGUGAGUUAACGAGCCCCUAUUUCAGCUCGCUGUCGCAUGAACUGAAAGAUUAUCCGCUGGCCACAGACUAUGAGCCCUCGAGUGCGCCAAGAGAGUCCGGGGAUUAAGCAGGAUGAAGUGUUUAAAAGGGUCGCUGAGAUGUGGAAGGAGGAGAAAGAGAACGCGGCGGCGGCGUUGGACAAGUCAAUGCAGCAACUUGAAAUUGGUUGA